AUGGCAGUCGCUCUGGAUGAAGUGUGGGGGCGGGUGAAGAAUGUCUGCAAGCAGAACGGACUGCUCAUCCUGUCCGUGCUGGCCGUUGUCAUUGGCUGUCUGCUGGGCUUCUUCCUAAGAGGCAAGCAGCUCUCCGAGCAGGAGGUGAAGUACUUCCAGUUUCCUGGUGAACUUCUAAUGAGGAUGUUGAAAAUGCUUAUUCUACCACUUGUCGUGUCAAGUUUGAUGUCAGGUCUGGCUGCCCUGGAUGCCAAAUGUUCCAGCCGCCUGGGCAUAAUGACCGUCUCCUACUACCUGUGGACUACCUUUGUCGCCGUUGUAGUUGGAAUCGUCAUGGUGUCCAUCAUCCACCCAGGAGGAGCUGCUCAGAAAGAGGACUCUGAGGACAGCGGAAAGCCAAUAAUGAGCUCGGCUGAUGCACUGCUGGACCUUAUUCGCAACAUGUUUCCUGCCAAUUUGGUUCAAGCAACUUUUCAACAGUAUCGUACCCAAAGCAUCCCUCAGCCCAGACCCAAGCCCACAGUUGCCCAGCUCUUAGAUGAGACCACCACGCGGCGGGUCUUCAUCUAUGGCAUCCAGGAUGACAAUGGCACAGACAUCCAGAACUUCUCCCUGGACCUCACGCCGCCCCCUGAUGUCAUCGUGCGCACAUCUCCCGGCACAAGCGAGGGCAUGAAUGUACUUGGGAUUGUCAUUUUCUCUGCCACUAUGGGAAUAAUGCUUGGCAGAAUGGGUCCCAAUGGCAGCGCUUUGGUGAAUUUCUGUCAGAGCUUGAAUGAAGCUGUUCUGAAAAUUGUUGCUAUUGUUAUCUGGUACUUCCCCUUUGGGAUUGUGUUCCUGGUGGCCGGCAAGAUCCUAGAGAUGGAUGACCCAUCCGCCAUGGGGAAGAAGCUAGGUUUUUAUGCCAUCACGGUAGUCAUGGGGUUGGUGCUGCAUGGUCUCUUCAUCUUGCCUGCUAUGUAUUUCUUCAUCACCAAGAAAAGCCCCAUUGUUUACAUUAGGGGCAUUCUGCAAGCCCUGCUGAUCUCCCUAGCCACCUCCUCCAGCUCUGCCACUCUGCCUAUCACCUUUAAGUGCCUCCUCGAGAACAACCACAUUGACCGACGCAUUAUUCGCUUUGUGCUUCCUGUGGGGGCCACCAUCAACAUGGACGGCACCGCACUCUACGAGGCUGUGGCAGCCAUUUUCAUUGCUCAAGUGAACAACUACGAGCUUGACUUUGGCCAGAUCAUUACAAUUAGCAUUACUGCCACUGCAGCAAGUAUUGGCGCUGCAGGAAUCCCACAAGCUGGACUGGUCACCAUGGUGAUAGUGUUGACCUCAGUAGGUCUACCCACGGAUGACAUCACCCUCAUAAUUGCCGUCGACUGGGCUCUGGAUCGAUUCAGGACCAUGGUCAAUGUAAUGGGGGAUGCCUUAGCCACAGGGAUCAUGGCUCAUAUCUGUAGAAAAGACUUUGUGAAGGAAGGGGAGCAGGUGCCUCUAAUCUGCGAGACAAAGCCCAUGAUAAGCAUCCAGCAGAUGAUGACCUACCAGAACCAGAAGAACGGCUGCUACCAGCCCCCUCCGCCAGGCGGCAAGCAGGACCACCUGUCCCCAGAUGUGGCUCGCCUGAUCCAACUGGAGGAAGGGGUCCGGCCCGCAGAGAAGAAGAAGCACUCCCACGGCCCUCACCACAAGAGAGAGCACAGGGACAAGGACCACUGCGCCGUCGACAUGAAUGGGCUGGAGACUAAUGUAUAA